AUGACUCUAACGGCAUCCGUGCUCCGAGAGCCUGCGUACCAUGUGCCGCCGCUAAAUUGUCUGAGGCUGAAGAAGCCGUGUCGCGCGCAGCCGCCUGGCGCUCACAGGCGCAAGCCCCAACAGAAAUCAGAUGUCACGCGGCUCGAGCAGAAGCUCGAUGGGGUGGCUGCGAUUCUGACUGCCUCCGAUCUUGGAGCCUCGAAAGUCGCAGGCGCCCCGCUACAGCUCCCCACUCAACCUUUCCUUUCGUUGACUUUGUAUAUCGAUCAAUUUAUCAAGAGCAGUGACGAGGCACGACUCAUGCUAGAUGUGUUCCGGAAUGAAUUCAUGCCUCAUUUUCCCUUCGUUAUCAUUCCGCCGCACAUGAGUCUCGAGGAGCUCCGGGGAAAGAAGCCCUUCUUCUUCAUGGUUGUCAUGAUGAUAGCCUGUCGACAUGACGUACCCCGACAGACAGCACUAGGGAAGACGCUCAAAGAAAUCAUAGGCCAGAAGAUGAUGACUCAUGGUGAGCAGAGCUUGGACUUGCUGCAAGGGCUUCUCGUUUACUUGGCAUGGUAUCAUGUCAAUCUCCAUCUCGGUGGCCAACUCACGGUCGUUGUCCAUCUGGUCAUGUCGGUGAUGAUUGAUCUCGGCCUAAACAAACACUAUACUCCUCGAAAAUACGCGAAGCCUCAAAGGGAUUAUUUUCACCUGGACCGACACGAGACAGCAGCGCGAACGUUGGAAGACCGCCGAACCUAUCUCGGCUGCUUCUACAUGACUUCUGUGGUAUCGAUGACCGCCCGAGAUUUCGAAGCCAUCCGAUACACCAAGUACACUGAAGAGUGCUAUACAAUGAUAUCAGAAGCACUUGAGUAUCCUUCAGACAGUUACCUUGUCCAACUAACCAAGCUGAACUAUCUUGGUGACAAAAUAAGCCGCACGAUAGUCCAGAGAGAGUGGGACUUGUCUUCAGGCAUAUCCGCACCAAUAGGGGCUUACGUAAAGUCACUCGAGGCCGAGCUACGCAAGUUCAAAGUGUCCAUGUCUCUUGAGCUCCCCCAAAGUGUGCCACUCCUCAUGCACUAUUAUGCAGUCGAGACAUUCCUGUGCGAAAUCGCAUUGGAUGACAACGUUCCUGCUUCACGAUAUGGGUCUUUCUCCGUUACACGCCUUGACAUGCUGUUCGCUUGUCUCACAUCCGCAAAACACUUUUUUGACAUAUUCCAUUCUCUGCCUGCUUCAACACAUUUUGACCUACCCUACUCCACAUUUACCAUCGUCAGCCAUCUCUACGUGGUCCUGUCGAAACUGUCUCUUUGUAUCCACGACGGCUGGGACCAGAACUACGUCGCGUCAUAUUUAAACUUCCACGACGUAUUGGACCGGUUGUCGAAGAAGGCUGAGGAAGCUAGGGAGCUGAUUCUGCAGGCUAACCAAUUGGCCGAUUCCGCGUCUUCUUCAAACACCCUGCUACGCAGUGUGCCGCUGGUCUGGAUGACGGUGACCGCCAAGGUUCAAGAUAUCAAGGCGGUGCACGAUGCAAGGAAAGCAGAACAAUCGAGGAGGCCUCAGCCGGAGAAUCCAACCUCUGAUCUCGGAGCCGAACUGCCGGGACUGCCGAGUGAAUGCGCAAUGCCAGAUACGCUCAGCUUCUUUGACUUCCUCGACGAACCAUUGUGGCAGAACUGGGCGUGAAAAUUGGGACCGGGUACUCCCCGCCUUUUGGCCCAGGGACGACGCUAUCGCCUUCACUGUAUGUUGGAUGUUUCCUGACCCCAAUGAAACGUGGACAAUGAUCGGAAGGCUGGAUGCGAAGCCAGAGAACGUCUCCUGAGACGGGGUAAGUCACCUCUCAAAGCGCCAAACCCGCUUGAUAUCAGCGGAUGGAAAUCCAGCAGCUGCGGCUCUAGCUGCGUGGAAGACACUCGAUGGCAUAAAUCGCCUAUCUACAUCAACAUACUAUUAUACUCGUGUCAGUAUUAGUGUGAGACAACAACCAUGCCAUCUUCAUUUCUGUCACACGAUCAAGCACUCAUUCUUGGGCUCUGCAAGUUCACA